AUGUCGGAAUCUUCAUUUCCAAUCGAAUGUUUUAAUAGAAUAUUUAAACAUAUCGAGAAUGAUAAAUCAACCUUACAUUCAUGUUUAUUGGUAGAUAGGUUGUGGUGUAGAAUGAUUGUACCUAUACUUUGGAGUCGUUCAUUUUCCUUGAUUCAAAAUUCAAAAAAAGACGAUUCACUUUUUCCAACGGGAACCUAUCUUACGUUCCUCAAUGACGAAGAAAGACAACUUUAUAAUCAUUAUCCUGAAUUAUACCCAACGGCAAAGUUCGAGGAACAUUUAUUUAAUUAUCCGAGUUUUUUAAAAGAUUUUCAUUAUGACCUGAUCGUGAUGUAUUUAAUUGUAAAAUUUUGGGUUAAAACUAAUACUAGUUUAGAUAUUUCAAAAUAUAACUGUCGGAUUAUAAAUACAAUCUCAAACAAAAUUUCUCAAAGUUUAUUCAAAAUGUUUUUGAGAAAUAAUGCUCAAAUUAAUUUGAUGAACAUUAAAUCUUUUGAAUUUUAUCCUGAUUUACCUUUUUUAUCCAAUCUUCAAAAUUCCUUUUCAGACCUUAAAAGUUUUCAAUUCAGCUCUUAUUUAGAACCCCUUCACAAGAAGGAUGAUAAGGAGGAAUUAUUCUUUAAUAUAAUUAACGCUCAAAGAAAUAUUAAAAAAUUUAUAAUUAAUCCUCAUGGAAUCAUACCGAGAUCGAUUCUAAAUUCGAUAAUUCAUCAAACAUCAUUGGUAUUGGUGCAUUUUAAAGAGACCAAAUUUAUUAAUUGGUUCCCUUUUGAACUUUUAUUAAAUUGUGAUAAUUUAAAAUUCCUUUUAACCGAGAAUUGUCAUGAGUAUUGUAACGAGGAAAAUUCACAGAGUGACACAGUGAAACCAUGUUCGAUCUCCUUAAAAGAUAUCAAAUGUAAAGUGGACACUCUUUACAUAAACAACAACAACUUUCUCCCUUUAACGAUAUCAAAAUUAAUCCAAUUAUCAGGAACAAACUUGACCUCUUUAUGGUUGGACAGGACGAAAUUUUCAUCAUACAUCAUCACAUCCGAACCCCUUUCAAUCCAUUGUCCUAAUAUAACUCAUUUAAUAUUAACCAUUGAUACCAUCAGUUUAUAUCAAAUCAAGAAUUCCCUUUCAAUUUUAAUUUCUAACUUAAACCUGGAAUAUUUUGGAAUUAGAAAUUUUGGAUGGACAAAUGAAUUGAUUUCCGAUUUGGGAAAUUAUCUUCCUAGUUCAUUAAAAUAUUUAGAAAUAUCAAGUUUCUUUGAUUUUGAAGCCUUAUAUAUGUUGUUGAAAAGUUGUAAAUGUCAAUUAAGAGGAUUGAGCAUGAUCUUUUUUAAUGUUUUUAAUGAGAAUUAUUUAAGCUUCAUCAUUGAUUAUGCUAAAUGCAUUGAAGGAGGAAACGAAUAUCAAGAUUGUUGA